AUGAUUAGAUCUACUUGACAGUUGAAUCACAUGAUUGAUGUUUUGAUGAUGAUGAUUCGGUUAGGGCUAGCUAGUAAUGGAUCCAUGGCUUCUAAAACUCGGUCUAAAAAUCAACUGAAUAAAAGAGGUGGUCACCGCAGUGUAUCAGUAGGUGAUUCACUGUAUGUGUGGGGUGGUGCUCAAGAUGGUUUGCCUAGAUUGCAUGAUAGUGAAGAGAAGAGAAGGGUCACUAGUAUUUUACAGCUCUUUACUCCUUCAACUGGUCAAUGGAUGACUAGAGGUACUACUGGUACUCCUCCAUUAGGAGUGAUGCAAUACUCCUGUACUGCAAUAAAUGAUCAAUUGUAUUAUUUCGGGGGAUGGUGUGGCCAUGGCGACUGCCUUCACAACAGUAUUACUCAACUAGAUACCAUUAGCCUUCAAUGGAGAGAAUUAGAACCAACUGAUGCAACUAGACCAGUUAUGAUGAGGGGUUAUGGUGGAAUGAUAUCAAUUGAACAUGAUGGAAUACAUCAUUUACUAAUGAUAGGAGGAAUGGGAUCUAAACCAGCU